AAAGGAAAUUUUGUGCAACACUACCUUUAAGUUUGGACGUUUUGUGAAUUACUACCUUAUAAAAAAGUUUUUUAAUUUUGCUACCUUAUAAGUUUGUUUAGUUUGAGUAACACUACCUUGUAACAGUUUCUGUCAAAUUCCUCCGUUUGUGGGCCCCACCUCCAACGGCUAUAUUCAACUGCUUAACUCCCUUUCCCCCUUAUUUAAACUUCCUGUAAAGUUUUAUCAACCACAUUCAACCAAUUUUUCGGAAAAACAUCAAGAAAUCUGGGCAAUUUUUUUCUCAAAGCAAGAUUCGCAAUUUGGUUGAGGAAUCGAGUAACCUAAAGGAUGUCGAGUGGGUCUCCUUGUGCUUCAAAAAAAUGUUAUUGUGGCAUUCCAUCCAAGAUGUUGACAUCGUGGACAACUGAUAACCCGGGGAGAAAAUUCCUGACUUGUAAGUUCUCUGAUGUACACACUGGUAGGAAAGGAUGUGGUUGGUUUUAUUGGGUUGAUCCUGAUGUUGUGGAGUGGCAAAGAGUCGUGACGAAUGAACUGGUGGUGGAGAAGAGAUUGCUGAAAACAGAGUUGAGGGUCAUGAUGACAGAAUUGCAGAAGUUGGAGGAUGACAAAGCCCUUCUUGUUGCUGCCAAUGAGAGGCUUGAAAGGAUAUGCAAUGGUGGAGUGGCUGGAAUGAAGGGGACAAAGGAUAAGGGCCAAGAAAUUGUCCAUUCUGUAUUUUGGUUUGUUGUAGGAUUAGUUGUUUGUUGUGUGUUGAAGUUUGUAAUGAAGUUCCUCUAGUGUAAACGCGACAAUGGAACGGGAAAUUGGAUUUCAUGUAAUGUAAUGUAAUGUUGUUGACAUUAGUUGACUCUAAUCAUUUAAUAAUGGUAAUUCUAGCUUAUGACAA